AUGUACGCCUUCCGUGUCAUCAUUGCGGCUCUCUUCGCCAUCACCACAUCAGCCUCAGUAGUCGAGAGGCAACUCGGCGGCAUCGGCUGCAACGUCGCACGGUUCCAGAUUCUCGGUGCACUGGGCGAUGCAGGAGAUGCCAUCGGAGAGAUCCAAGACGCGGACGUGCAGUCAGCAGCACAAGCAGGUCUGGACCAGGCCAACGACGGCAUUGGACAAAUCGCCUCGUCGCUCCUGAGCGGGGCCGCGGCGCCGGCGGACAGCCGUGAUGCCGUCGCGGCCGGGCUGGCGGCGAUGAACGAUGCUUUGUCUGCUGCUGACGAUUCUGACGCAGCUGUUGGUGACGCCAAAACGGCGGUUGCGGACGCGACGACCGCUGGCCAGGAUGUUGUCUCCAAGUGCUAG